AUGUCUAAAAGAAUAGCAGGUCAUCAGUUAGACCAUUUAAAUGCAGAUCACUCAUCUGAUGAAGAAAUAAACAUUCCUCAAAGUACCAGAGCUUCCGAAGAGGUUUUAAGAAAAAGAAAAAUUGCUCAACCAAGGAACAAGCUUUUGUCCUUUGAAACUCUAAGAAAGAAGAGUAUUAACAAUGAUAAUAAAACUGAUAUUCCCGCAAAAAUUAAGGCAUUAAACAUCCAGUUUCAGAGUAACAUCAACCAGAGUAUGCAAUCUAGCCAAUUGUUUGAUUUCAGUACUACAUGUGAAAAAUAUUUGGCUUAUAUCAAAACAAUUAAUAAAAAUCAGGGAAAAAACUUUAUUUUACCAUCCCAAUAUAAAACUGACGCAAAAAUUGAAGAGAAACCAGACAAUAAUACAUAUUUGGCUUUGAAUUCAACAAUGCAUACUUCAACAGUUCCAAGUUUACCAAGUACCGAUGAUAUUGAAAAAUCUACUAGAUUUCAAACUGACAACAGCAGUAGUUCUAUUAAGGAUCCUGUCGAUUUAAAAGAAACAAAGAAGUCAAGUAACCUGUUUACCUUUACACCAAAUGGAAACACUUUUAAUACUUUUCCAAAAAACGACACUUCUACCAAUACCGACAGUAAACCAUUUGGUAAAAUCCAGAAUACCGUUACAAAUAAUUCCAUUAUUAACAGUGACGAUUCUAAUAAGCUUGUUGAAAAGCCAACAUUUUCCUUUGGUGUACCAAACAAUGUAGUCAACAAUAGUAGUACUGGUAAUAAGUUGGAUGCUUCUGCUAAUAAACCGGCAGUUGGAUCUACUUCUUUCAACGCCAAACCAGCUUUUUCCUUCCAAACGACUGAUGUUAAAAAAGCGGGAGACAGUAGUACUUCUACAAAACCAGCUUUCACUUUUUCUGCUUCCUUUAACAAUACAAAGCCUGUAUUUUCAUUUACUACACAUUCAACAAAAGAUGCUGAGAAAACCGAAACUAAAAAUGCAAAGGGUCAAUUGGAACCGUCGGCUUUUGGAAGUUCUCUUGCCUCCAACAUUAACCGGAAUGAACCUUUUACUUUUAAACCAAAAGCCAACACUGAUGUUGCAAUUUUAGAAAAAGAUGAUGAAAAAAAGGCCGAAAAAAAGGCUGAAAAAGAUACUGAAAAAACGGAAACUAUUGAACCACCAAAAUUCUUUAGUUCUGAUAAACCUGUUACCAGCUUUUUCAAAUUAGAUAGUGACAAAUUUCCCACUAAUAAUGACAAUACUUCCGACUCGACAGCGGCUUCUUUUACCUUUGCUGGUAAAUCACCAACAGAUAUCUUUAAAAAAUCUGAAAAUAAAGAUAGCACCGCCCAACAUGUUGCUUCCAAUUUGGAUCAAGGAUCUAAGGAAAAAUCGAGAGAAUUGAUUCCUACUUCAACAAAUCAGUUUACAUCAUCUUUGAAUAAAAAUAAUACUCAACCUUCAUCUUCACCUUUCAAUUUCGGUGGUCAAGAUAGUGCCAUCACAACUACGAUUAAUAAACCUGUUUUUGACAUAGUUUCCAAAUCUGAUGUGCCUAGUUCGAAUAAUAAUUCGGAUUCAAAAUCUUCUUCCGAAAUUGUGACUGAUUCACAGUUGCCCCACGAAUCAUCAUCCAGUGUAACUAAAAGCACCCCGCAAACUUUGCCUUUAAUAAGCUCAUCUAAGUCCACCGACGAUAAAACUGGUACCCUUGAUAACAAUUCCACUGUUUCAGCUCCAACAAAGCAUGAGUUUAAACCACCUGUGUUUGGUAAUAAUAGUUCUAAAUCGUUGGAAGAUAAUAAAACAAAGAUCAAUUUUUCUUUUGACAAAAAGAACAAUAAUACUACGACAGCUGAACAUCCCAAAUUGACUUUUAAUUUUAAUGCGAAUGCCACUUCUUCCAAGGCACCAACAUUUUCAUUUACGACAACAAAUAAAUCCAGCGAUGAGGCUAAUAAAAAGACAGAGCCAGCUAAACCACCGCAAGAUUUUUCCUUCAAUCUACCUUUUAACCAAAGUAACAAUGGGUUUGGUAACACCACUGUGACUCCUGAUACCAAGGAUAUCAAUGGUGCUACCAAAAGCACAGAUGAAACAAAACAACAGAAAGAUUCGGUUGGUGAACAAAAUAAGGAAACCAUUCCAAGUGAAAAUGAACAGACAGAUGCCGUUACAAAAAUGGUGGAUGCAACAAACAGUGAGGCAAACGAAAAUGUACUUUUUGAAAAACGUGCUAAAUUAAUGCUUUAUGAUCCAAGCAAUGAAGAAAAAGGACCGUACAUAACAAAAGGUGUGGGUGAUUUCAAAAUUUUGCAGGAUAAAAAAAAUAAAAACAGAACAAGGUUAUUAUUAAGGUCAGAUGGAAUGGGACAUGUGUUAUUGAACACAUAUGUGGUUAAGACAUUUAACUAUGAACCAUUGUCUAAUGAACAAGAAAAUGUUAUAAAGAUCCCAGUUAUUGAUGCCGAAACGAAAAAAGUUUCAACUUAUGUGUUAAGGGUCAAACAAAAAUCCGAUGGUAGGCAAUUAUGUAAAGUAAUUGCUGAUUCUAAAACUUACUAA